GUUUAAAUAUGAGUAUUUAUAAUUUUAUUUAUAAUAUUGACCGACAUGAACUGGCACAAACCGGUAUGUGCAACCGGUUGAACCAUUCCACUAGCUAAACCGGCACACUGGCAUAAACCGGUUUGACAUCCUUGGUCAAGACUCUUGUGUCAUUGUGAUCAUAUAUGUUGAUGAUCUAAUCAUUGCUGGAAAUGGCACAGAACUGAUUACACAGACUAAGAAUCAUUUACAUAUGUCCUUUAAAAUCAAGGAUUUGGGUACUCUUAAGUACUUCCUUGGAGUUGAAAUUUCCCGAUCUGCUGAUGGCAUCUCUCUUUGUCAACGCAAGUUCUGUUUGGAAUUGCUGUCUGAUGCUGGUUUUCUUGAGUCUAAGCCUGCCAAAACUCCCCUGAGCAUGAAGACUUCAUUAUCCGCUUCAGAUGGUGUUCCUAUUCUAGAUGGUUCUGAUUUUCGUCAUCUCCUGGGGCAGUUUCAAUAUGUAACGACCACCACACCUGACAUCUGUUUCCCUGUUCAGCAACUCUGCCAAUUUCAGGGGGCCCCUACUACUUCUCAUUUGCAAGCUUUGCACAGGAUACUAAGGUAUUUGAAAGCUCAUCUGUCUCAAGGUUUAUGGUUCCCUUCCUCCAAUUCGACUCAUCUCACAGGCUAUUGUGACUCUGAUUGGGCGACUUGCCCUGACACAAGGCGCUUUGUUACAGGUUACUGUACCUUUCUUGGGAACUCAUUGAUCACUUGGAAGAGUAAGAAACAAUCUACUGUUUCUCGUUCCUCCUCUGAAGUAGAGUAUAGAGCUUUGGCUCAGCUCUCGUGUGAGGUUUAGUGGCUGAAGUCACUUAUGGGUUUCUAUGGUGUUGAGCAUCCAUCACCGAUUCGAAUCUACUGCGACAAUCAAUCUGCACUGCAUAUCGCAGAAAAAUCGAGUCUUUCACGAGCGCACAAAACAUAUCAAAGUCGAUUGCCAUGUAACUCGUGAAAGACUGAGGUAUGGUUUACUUUCUCUGCAUCGCAUCCAAUCAGAAGAACAACUCGCGGAUUUCUUCACAAAAGGGUUGUCUUCUGAUCGCUUUGACACUCUUCACACAAAGCUAGGAGUUCACAAUAUGUUCCUCCCAGCUUGAGGGGGCCUGUGAAGGAGUGAUGCUGUAGGCAGCCAUAGAUGGAGAGCUUGAAUGUUCAGGGUCAACUCAGACUUCCUUUCACCUGGGUUGAAGACGAAGAAGAGUCUGCAUAAUCUGGUGUCGCUUUCGUCUAAGUAGUAGACUCUACGAGAGGAGAACGAUGUAGCAUAGUGAACUAGAGAAUAAUAGAUAGUUAGCCACUUGGCGUUUUGUGAUUGGUUAGUUUAGCUACCGUUAGUAAACAGUACUCUACUUUAUCUUUGUUGUUUGAUAGUGGUAACUCACCCAGAGAACUUAUGUAUAUAUAGUUUUCAGAAAAUGGAAUGAAGCCGAUCGGCUAAUUCCCCAAUGUUGCCUCUCUUCUUCUUCUUCUUCUUCUUCUUCUUCUUCUUCUUCUUCUUCUUCUUCUUCUUCUUCUUCUUCUUCUUCUUCUUCUUCUUCGUUGAUUUACCCUAAUUCACUACUAGGGUUUCAAGAUUUCUCAAAAAGUAAUAACAUGAAAGGCAAUUGAGGGAUGCAGGGGGUUAAUUUGCGGUAGGAAGAAGACCGGGUGAGUGAGAGCUCAUCCCGCCGGUGAAAAGGGGAAAAAGGUUUUAGGGUUCCUGGAUCAGUAGGUUGUUAAGCAAGAGGCUCUGAUACCAUAUAAGAAUUUUAGGAAUAGUAACUUGUAUUAUUAUAAAACCACAAAAGAGUUUAUAUAGAUUACAAGACUUGCAUAAUAAGUAAGAGAACCACAAUACUAGAAGAACAAGGAUGUUUUCCCUUUUCAGCAGGCUCAGUUGCCUGUUGCUCAUUCUGAGCCUUUGCCUGCUACUUCCCCUGAUCCCAGUUCCUCCUCUCUUUUCCAUUCUCUUUUCUUUGACAACACACACCAGUCCCCAAUUCUUCCUUCUGACCAUAAUGUGGCUGACACUGUCGAUCCUGACUUCACACCUUCUGAUCACCAAGUUCAACCACUUCUCCUUCUCCUUCCAACCUUCCCAUUACUCUUCGCAAGCCUUACAGGGCUUUGCACAAACCUGCUUAUCUGUCUGAUUAUCAUGUCAGUCUUAUUUCUUCUACUCCCUCUUCUCAUGAUCCUAAACUUCUUUACUCUCUACGUGACUGCAUCACUUAUGAUCACCUUUCCCCUUCUCACAAACAUUUCUCCUUGUCCAUUACUGUUCUUCCUGAACCUCAAAGUUAUAAACAGGCAAAGCUCAUCCCUUGCUGGGACAAUGCCAUGAAUGAGGAAAUGGCAGCCUUCCAAACUAGGUUAACCCAGGGAACUAUCGCCUGUCUUGGUCGAAACUAGCUGUUUUUUAUUCAAUAUUAUUUUUAUUUCUAAUAAUUAAGAUGACAAAAUUACCCUUCCUACAAUCACUCAUAAGGCAAGAAAAUUUAAAUAAAAGGUAUUUUGAUGGAGAACCUCCAAUCGCAAUGGGUCGGGUUGGGUCGGGUUUUGCCAAACCCAAACUCAUGGGUUUAUCCGUGAAAAAAACUCGGGGUAAAAAUCAUUGGGUUUGAAAAACUCAAACCCAACCCAACCCGCUGGGUAUCCGCGGGUUCAUGGGUAUCCACGGGCUUUUGUCGUAAAAAAUUCACAAUAACAAG